UAUGCGUUCGAUUUUUCCGAACCCCGGUACAGAAUACCUUAUACAAGAAUUCGCCCCAUGUCAAGUCUACCCUUCUUCCUAGUCAAGACGAAUUGUCGACCUCACUUCUCGAGACCCAACCCUCCUUACACCCGCAUUUCAAUCUCUGGAAUUUCUUUUAUCAAAUCCGUUUCCCACCCCUUUUGGUCAGCCUCGAACUUACCCACUCUACCUCAAUGAACACUUUACAAUUAUGACCAUACGAGUUAACGAUUAUCUCCCUAACAAGUACAUCUAACAAUUCUUAUACUGCAAACUCUGUCUCCUAAUGAUCGUUUGCUGGCCAAGCCUUUCCUCAACUGUUCAGGAUAUGUGUCACAUUCACGCAAAUGACGUGGGCAAUGCAUAACAACAUUAUACCUAUACCUUUGAAAUGCAACAAUCAUCAACACUACUUGGAAUCUUCAAUUAAUUUUUCAUUUUCCUCUGCUCACUCUUUGAACCAUUAUAAUAAAUUCGGUGCUCAUCAUUUCUUUAAAUUUGCUAUCGUCGUGCUAAUGAUAUUAAUUGUAGGUUUUCAAGCGCACGGUGUUUGGUUCUGUGAAAUCAGGGACUGAUCAUUCAUGACUGUGAUUUGUCUACAAAUCAAGUUCAAGUUCAAUUUAAUUUAAGACACUGUGAUUUUUUUGAAUCAUUGAACAUUGCUAAUGAAAAAAUUCAUCAACAAAGAAAACUCCAAUUAUCUGUUCAGAAGAGAACAUUAUUUGGGUUUCAUUUUUUAACUUCUGUGAAAAAAAUCAGUGUUGUCAAACGGUCUGUAAUUAGUAAAUUUACCCCUAGUUGUGGGUAACUAAUAAUUUUUCCUCACCCAUAAAGCACCAAAAGUCAUAUUACAUUGCUAAUGAGUGUUUAGAAAUAAUUGGAGAAACAGAUUCAGUCGCAUAUCUGACAUCUGUCACAAUUUUAAGCUACUCAUAAGGAGUUGAAUAUCCUGUUGCAAUAAUCUAAUUUCCUCGAACUAUGAUACAUGCUAGAAGAUACGAAUUCAUUCAUAUUUACAAUCUCCUUGCUGAUAGUAUUCUUGAAAUGUUAUUCUACCCAAUGACUUAUUAAUUAUAACUCAUGUUGAAACUGAUUCUUUUUACAACUUAUGUAAAUACUGAUAUUGAAGUCCAAUGUAUAUACUUGAAUCAUUUUUCACAACAGCAAUGCCUGUCCAUGCUUCAAAUGUCUGAAAGAAAAUUGGAAAAACAUACAUACCGCUAAUUUCAGUUAUCAACUUCUAUGUACUCACAUUUCUAGAUCUACAUUUUGCAGUGAAAAAUAUUCAGCACGAACUGCAUUUCAUGAUUGAUAAAAGCUUGUCCUCCAUAAUGUAUCUGGAAGUAAAGCUCAAUGAAACUGAUACUUCACAUAUAUUGUUAAAUUCAUCCUCUACUUACGCGAUAAUGUCAUAACAUGAUGUGAAUUAGUCUUGUGUCUAGAGGGUUAUUCCAUACUCUCUCAAAAAUUUGAGUAAUGGAAGACACUAGUCUCUCAUUAUUCUGCUGUCCAUAAUCCUCAAAAUCAUUUAUGCUUGCAUAGGUUUUACACAGCACAUAAUUACACAUUCCCGAACACAUGAAAUAUUUGUUUGACAAACUCAACGCCUUUGAGCUUCAUGUCAGUAAAAAUGGAUAAAAUGAGGGCUGGAAAAGCAGACUGACAGAGAUUUCAUCAAGAUUGGAGGGGCGAAAGAAAGUGGAUAGGACAAGGUGAUAGGCAAGUGCAAGCUGUGGCAGGCCUCGGCCGCCCCACUAGCACGUGUGCUACUAUGCCGGCUUUUCCAAGACCUGGCAGCCUAAAAGACCCAGAGAUAGCUGAGCUUUUUGAGAAAAAUGAUCCAGAAAAAAUAUUUGAAGAUCUCCGUGAGAUCGGACAUGGAAGUUUUGGAGCUGUUUAUUAUGCGAGAUGCCUGGUCACCAGGGAGAUUGUUGCAAUCAAGAAAAUGUCCUAUCUGGGAAAACAGACUGUGGAAAAGUGGCAGGAUAUUCUAAAAGAGAUUCGAUUUCUUCGGCAACUUAACCAUCCCAAUACCAUUGAAUACAAAGGAUGCUACCUCAGAGAUCAUACUGCAUGGCUGGUGAUGGAAUAUUGCCUCGGUUCAGCAUCUGAUAUAAUAGAAGUCCACAAGAGACCUUUGAAAGAAGAUGAAAUUUCUGCAAUCUGUGAGGGAGUCCUUCGUGGUUUACAUUACCUCCAUUCUUUGGGACGUAUCCAUAGAGAUGUAAAAGCAGGAAAUAUCCUGCUCACUGAAAAUGGUACGGUGAAGUUAGCUGACUUUGGAUCAGCUAGUAUCAAGUGUCCAGCAAACAGCUUCGUCGGUACACCGUAUUGGAUGGCUCCGGAAGUUAUCUUGGCUAUGGAUGAAGGGCAGUAUGAUGGAAAAGUGGACGUCUGGUCAUUAGGAAUCACAUGUAUCGAAUUAGCUGAAAGAAAGCCACCUUACUUUAACAUGAAUGCCAUGAGUGCUUUGUAUCAUAUUGCUCAAAAUGAUACUCCAACUCUAAAUUCACCAGAUUGGACGGAUCUAUUCCGAAACUUUGUAGAAGUAUGCCUAACUAAAAAUCCGACUGACAGACGUACUUCAGGAAAGUUACUAUCACAUCAAUUUGUGACUAGAACACGUUCUCCUCAUGUCUUGAUCGACCUGAUUCAGAGAACAAAAGCUGCCGUACGAGAAUUGGACAAUCUGAAUUAUCGGAAAAUGAAAAAGAUAUUAAUGAUUGACGCCUGUGAAACCGAAAGUACAGUCGGAGAUGCUGAUGAUACUCCCGAUGAGCAGACUGGUGGGGACAGUAGUAAGAGCAAUUCGAUAACGUCAGAGCACUCAAUCCAUUCAAUGGGGGUUUCAGCGAGUUCUCAAAGUUCUUCCACCAACAGCUUGCCGCUGCCCAUUGCUGAUUCGAAUGAAAUUUCUACUGGUUCUGUGAGGAAUCGUCACAAGAUUUCUGCAGGUGUAACUGCCAAUUUAAUUGAACAUGGUGCUAAUAAUUUUGCCACUAUUAGAACCACGUCAAUAGUCACUAAACAACAAAAGGAACACAUGCAAGAAGAGAUGCACGAACAAAUGAGUGGCUAUAAACGUAUGAGGCGAGAACAUCAGGGUGCUUUGGUAAAAUUAGAGGAACGUUGCAAGAUGGAAGUCGAGUCCCACAAGCAAUUAUUAGAUAAAGAAUAUGAAACUUUGCUACAACAGUUCAGCAAGGAAUUAGAAAAAUUACAACUCCGGCACCUGCAGGAAUUAGAGCGGAAACUAAAACAAAAUCAAAAUGCAGAGAAAAAGUUGCAGAAGGAAAUAUCAAGUAGGCAAGAAGCUGACCGAAAGGCAUUAGAGGCUCAACAAAAACGUGAUUAUAAGGCAUACAAAGAGCGGUGGAAGCGAGAGCUUUCUCAGGAUGAAGUCACACCGAGGCGACAGCGGGAUGCCACACUUCAGAGUCACAAGGACAGUUUGAGACAGAUGGAAGCUCAGGAAGAACAAAGACUCGCCAGGGGACAACGCGAGUAUCUUGAUCUUGAGAUCCGCAAAUUUCGCAGAAAAAAAUUACUCAUUUUUCAUAGCUUGGAACAGGAGCUACUGAGAGAGGAGUUAAACAAAAGGCAGCAGCAACUGGAACAAGCGCAUGGAAUGUUACUGCGUCACCAUGAAAAAACUCAGGAGCUCGAGUACAGACAGCAAAGGGCAGUACACGCACUCAGGGAGGAUCAGGUCCACCGGCAGCAUGCCACCGAACUGUCCAAUCAACAAGAUUACAUGCAGAGAGCUGAGCGUGACUUGCGCAAGAAGCAUGCACUAGAACUUAAACAACAACCUAAAAGUCUGAAGCAAAAAGAAAUGCAGAUACGCAAACAAUUUCGAGAGACAUGUAAGAUUCAGACACGUCAGUACAAGGCGCUAAAAGCGCAGAUACUGCAGAACACUGCCAAGGAUGAACAGAAAGCAGUAAUAAAAAAAUUGAAGGAAGAGCAGAGGCGAAAGCUUGCUCUAUUGGGUGAUCAGUAUGAACAAAGUAUUGCUGAGAUGCUACAAAAACAAAGUAUUCGAUUAGAUACAUCACAGGAAGUGGAGUGUCACCAACUCAAGGAGAGAUUACAUUACGAGUUGGAGAUUUUAAUGGCAUACCAGUCAAAGAAUAAGAUGCAAGCAGAAGCGCAAAGAAAUCGAGAGCGUCGUGAAUUGGAAGAUCGCGUAUCAGUGAGGAGGGCUCUUCUAGAACAAAAAAUGGAGCUCGAAACUCAGCAGUUCCUGCAGGAGCGCAGCGAACGAAUUCGUUUGCUUCAUGAAAGACAGGAACGUGAACUUCAACAAUUUGAUGAAGAAAGUGCAAGAAUCGGCUUUAGUGCAUUGGCAAUAGCAGAGGCAUCAAAAGAGUCUUAUCCAGAUGACGAGAGUCUCAGUGGCUCGAUGCUCAGUCUGGCCCAUAGUAAUAGCUCGACAUCCUUCACCCCAAAUAGCCUCUAAUCUUAACUGUUAUGUAACGUACGUCUGACUGCAGUUUACACUACUGAAUUGACCUUCAAAAUAUUUGCUAACUUAUGAACGAUGGUUGUCAAUUCUGUGUGCCUGCACCCAUACCUAAGAGAACAGGAAAUAACUGCUGGAUACUAGAUUAAACAUGAGAUUAUUUCUCUGAUUGUGCUUCUUCCGCGAUUAGAUCCAAGUAUUGAUACAUCAUAUGGAGGAAAAAAAGAAGAGAUAAAGAAAAAAAAAAAUCAUUUCAUACGUACAAAUCUAUGAUAUCAUUUGAUUUUCAAAAGUACGCACGAAUUGUUCAACUAAUUCGUUUUAUAACAUUCACAAAAAUAGUUAACGUUAUUUAGACAAUUAUUUUUUGCUGCCACAACCCCAUUUUCCAGUUGAUAUGGUACAUAUAAUUUGUUUUUUGUUUUGAUUUUUUUUUCGAGUCCGACGGUUUUUCCGAAGUUGGUUGAACAAAUGUGUCAAGAACAAUGAUACCAAAUUUCAUCCUUGUACAGCGUACUGAUUAAUACGAGUAUUUUGAUAUUAUAUUUGGGUCUUCCAACGCUAUGCCGCAGGCAGUAAAACGUUGUACGGAUUGAAUUAAGACUUGAUUAAAAUAUUUUGGUUUUAUUUGUGAUUUCGACCUUCGCCAAUGAAGUUUCAUAGAAGUAGCAAAAGGUAAUAGAUUAUUCGGAGUAAUACUCAGGCCUUGAUAAUUUGGUAAACAUCUCAUGUUUCCUCGGAUGUCCAGUAUACUUUCCAAAAUUAUACUCUUAAACCAUACUGUGACUUUCCUUUCCUUUAUUUCUUAAUAUCUUUACUACCUGUAUUUGUUAUUAUAUCCUUUAUCUAAUUCAUUAAUUAAAUGAUUAUUAUAGAACGUCAGAUGAUUGUGACAUUUUUAACGAAAGGAGAUAAAGAGAUAAAAGCAAUCGACUGAUUGCAAAAGUUAUGCAUAUUCCGUUUUUAUUUAUUUUUUUUUCUUUUUCAAGUUUUUUGAUUACAUGAUCAUUUGACUUUGCAAAAAAUAGUGAUGGAAUUGUUACCAUUUUCAACUGAAGUCAUAUGUUUGUUAGAUCGAUUUGCUUGAGAACUGAUCGAACCAAAGCUAACUGUAUCAAUGGUUUGAGAGAGAAACAAAUUUGCAAAAAAAAGUAUGUAAAAACUGUCACAAGUUUACAAUAUAUCGCAAAAUUAUUCAACGAAUUCGGAUUAUCCGUUGGAAAAAACAGAAUAGAAAUUUGUGCAAUAUGAUAUUAUCAGAUGAAUAAUUCUUGUGUGUUAAGAUUAUUAUUAGUAUUUUUCAUGAGUUUUUCAUGAGGCUGAAAAUAUUUGAGUACUUAUUUAAUAACUCAAUAAAUAUACUUUUAGUCGGUGUCAUACAUCAGUUAGCAGUUAUCACCAACUCGGAAAUAAAACUUGGUAACAUAAAGAAGUUGCGACGUAUAAUGAUGAAUAACAUGUCAUUAUUUCAACUAUGAAUGACUUGAGUGGUUUGCAAGAACACACCUGAAGUAUGUGUACAAUAUUUAUUAAUGAAUUAUUCAAUUAUGUGUUCAAUUAUUGUGAUAUAAGUGUUUGCAAAGGGAAGAUGGAGGAUACAAUUGGCUCUGAUAUGUGUUCAGUUAAUAUCGUGUCAGUCAAAAUUGUCACAAUCAACUGAAGCUGCUACCUUUAGUAUGGGAGCGACAUGUACAUAUACAAAAACACGCUACGCAUAACACAUUAUUAAAGUGAAAAGUAAUAAUAAAGGAAAUUGAUAGAAUGCAACUUCAUACGCCAAAUGAUAGCGAUGAAGAAGUAGGGAAGUUUAGGAUUUAUCGUCAGGUACAGACAAUUUUUGAAAACUUUCGGCAUAUAUUGCCGAUUGUUGAAUACAAAUUGUGCUAUUAGUUAACAUGCCAAUUUCUAUGAUUUUCAUUUCAUUGAUGAAAAAUUAAACUAUACAUAUGACGAUACGAUGUAGAAUCGGCUUAUUCUAAAUUUUUUUUUGUUCUUGAUAUUGAAAAAAUGAAAACUAUCGAAGCUAUAGUUUGAGCAAGUUAGAUGUUUUACUCGUAGCACGAAUUUUUCGUCUUGCAAUGCGAUAAUACAUGGUCAUUCGAAUUUUAUUUGAAUCUUAACUGUUAUUCCAAUUCAGUGCAUACCAAUUUGGAAAAUAACUUUUCAAUGUUGUCAGCAUUUGUAAAUAUUUGUUUGCUAUGUUUAUUGUUACGAAAUGGAACUUUAGGUAAGUCGACUAGAACUUUGUAGACAGUAAUGUUUACGGAAACUCCAAAGUUACGCUUCGACACAGUAUCAGGCUUUAACUAGGCGAAUUGUAAUUUUCUUUUCAUGUAGCGGUAUUCAUUUACUAAACCAAGGUCUAGAAAGUUAUAGGAAACUGAGCCUGAUGGCUCAAUUUGAAACCAUUUCUUUGAAUGUAGUAUUUUAUCAUUGGAUUGCUACUACGACAUAGCAAAAAGGGACGACGUUAGCAUUGCGAUAUUCCAAAUGCAAACUUCAUGGCCGCAACUUUUCCUUUUAGGAUUCGCAUCUUUUUCUCACCAGCUAAUAUAAUUAUCGUUAGGUCGAUUCAAUUGUUUCAAUUUCUCUGCAAAAUAACAUUUCUGAUACCAACAUCUAAAUCACUUUCAAAAACUUAGCUAUUUAUUUAUACAAUCAUUACAACAUAUCCUCGUUUCAUCAAAUAACUGUUAUUAAAUCUAUUUAUUUAUGUUUCACUCCAUGCACACUUUCCAAGGUGCUUAUCGUAUUUGUCAAGUGAAAGGUAUCACAUCUCAUAGUUCAAGUUUAUUGAUAAUUCUCUAAACGUGAAAACGUGUAAUACUUCCAAAUGUAAAUUUAAUUUAGUCUUGUGAUCAAUUAUCGUAGAGCGGUACGCGAGUAUCUGUAAUGGAAAUCUCUAAUAUCUUACAGCAAUUUUAACGUAUUUCCUAUUUGUGAAUCAUGGGCCCCGUGUGAAUCUAAUAUGUGAGCUUAACUGUAUGGUCAAUAACAUGCUCACAGAAAAUUAAAAAUACACUCGAUUAUAAACUGAAAUAGGUACAUACAAGUAUAGAUAAAUAUUCUCUAUUAUUAUAUAAAUAUAAAUAUAUAAUAUACAUAAAUUUAAACUAAAGAAAACCAAUACCUUUAUAGCAAGUAACCAAUCGAGAAAAGCGACGCACGCAUUGUCAGUAAUCCGAUACAGCAUCGGUCUUAAUAAUUAUAAUAAUUAUUAUAAUUAAUUAUUUUUAUUUUUAAGUUUAGGUAGAGUAUAAAUACAUUUUUUAACUAAACUGAUGGAUGGAGUAGAGUGAGCUAAUGCUACAAUAUACAAACCGUUAGACCAAAGUUUGUUAUACGUAGUUGUGCCACUCAACACCACUAUGCUGAUUAGAUAAUAAAAAUUGAAAAUAUCAAAUCAAAUGUAA